CAUCACAAAACAGUCCCCUUAUGUGCUUUUGUUUUUGUUUCUCUGUCUCUCUCACUCUCUAUCUCUCUCUCUGUUGAUCUAUCUCCUCCAUUGCAGAAGCUCAUAUCUUCACUGCUACUUCUCAGUUUUCUCCUUUCAACAGUGCUGCGGAGCUUCCAAAAUCUAACGUUUCUCAUAAUGUUAGGGUUCAAAAGUUUACGCUUCAAUUCUUCCACAACAGUUCUUCCCUCAGUGCUUUUUUGUUCUGCAGGCACGAUACCAUUGGCAGCAGUUAUGUGUGCUGAUUAUCCGACAGCAGGUAAUAAUGGAUCUGCAGUAAGUUUUGAAAGAUUGAAAGCCCAGAGAGUAAGGCUUGUUGCCAAAAAAAUUGCCAGGAUGAAGCAAGAUACCAAUAACUAUGAUGACAUAAUUGUAGAAGAUGCACCUCUCAGUGUAUCUUGUAGUAAACAGUCUGAACCUGCAUUCCUGGGGGAACAUGAGACAUUACAUGAUAUCAGAUGUAGAAGUGUAUCAAGAGAAUCUGAAUCACCAGAAACCAGAGACACAAUGCAAAGUGUGAGGACAAGUGAAGACAUGGACCAUUCAGAGAUAGCUGUUAAAUCUGGUGGUAAACAACUCUCAAAGCGUCAACUUACGCCAAAAAAAUCUAAGGAAUUUGACAAACAAGAUGUUUCAGGUCCUAGAGUUACUGUUGCCUCCUUAAGAGGAUGGGGUAAUGGACGGUCCACUUAUAAUGACGAAUAUAUAUCCACAGACAAUGUAAAGCACUCACGAAAAUUGCCUGCUGAUGGUGCUUUUUUCAGUCGAAAGUCAUUUAGAGAAUUGGGAUGCAAUGAUAAUUUGAUUGAGUCUCUAAGGGGUCAGCAUAUCGUACGCCCUUCACGCAUUCAGUCCUUGGCAUUUGCACCUGUUAUUGGAGGAAAGAGCUGCAUUAUAGCUGAUCAAAGUGGCUCUGGAAAAACUUUAGCAUAUCUUCUACCAGUAAUUCAGCGUCUUAGGCAAGAAGAGCUCCAAGGACUUGGAAAGUCCUUACCACAAAAUCCUAGAGUUGUUAUAUUGGUACCAACUGCUGAGUUGGCUUGUCAGGUUUUAAGGAAUUGCAGAUCAAUUUCAAAAUUUGGGUUUCCAUUCAAGUCUAUGGUUGCCACUGGUGGUUUUCGACAGAGAACUCAAUCGGAAAGUCUUCAACAGAACUUAGAUGUGUUGAUAGUUACACCUGGUCGUUUUAUGUUUCUAAUUAGAGAAGGCUUAUUGCAGUUGACAAAUCUUAGAUGUGCCGUGUUGGAUGAAGUAGAUAUACUCUUGAACAAUGAGGAAUAUGAGCCAGCAUUGCAAAGUUUAAUUAAAUCUUCACCUGUUACCACUCAAUAUCUGUUUGUGACUGCCACUUUACCAACCGACAUAUACAACAAGCUAGUUGAAGUUUUUCCUGAUUGUGAAGUGAUCAUGGGACCCAGUAUGCACCGUACAAGCCCUAACCUUGAGGAGAUUCUUGUAGAUUGCAGUGGAGAUUAUGGAAUAGAAAAGACUCCAGAUACAGCAUUUCAGAAUAAGAAAUUGGCUCUUCUGCGGCUUGUGGAGGAAAGUCCAGUGACCAAAACGAUUAUUUUUUGUAACAAGAUUGAGACAUGCAGAAAGGUUGAAAAUGCAUUGAAUCGAGUUGAUAGAAAAGGGAUCCAGAGUAGAGUUUUGCCAUUUCAUGCUGCUUUGGCACAGGAAGCACGACUUGCAAAUAUGGAAGAGUUCUGCACUUCUAAAUCGAAGGACAACUCUCUGUUUUUGGUUUGCACUGAUAGAGCAUCAAGGGGUAUUGACUUCACCAGUGUUGAUCAUGUUGUACUGUUUGAUUUUCCACGGGAUCCAAGUGAAUACGUACGCCGUGUUGGAAGAACUGCUAGAGGCUCUGAAGGAAAGGGAAAGGCAUUCAUAUUUGUGGUAGGCAAGCAAAUUUCUCUUGCACGAAGGAUAAUUGAAAGAAAUAGAAAAGGCCAUCCGUUGCAUGAUGUGCCGCUUGCAUUCGUAUGAAUUAGUUUUAGAAUGUGCUGUACUUUGCAUGUAAAAAAGAUAAAUUGAUUGAGCUUAAGCUUGUUAAGCUUAUAAUUUUGAAUUAAACGAAGGUAGUCCCAUGUAAUUGGCCCAUAUUUCCUUUCACUGUUUUGAAUUUGUUUUGUGCUCAUUUUGCUCCCACAUAACUUGCUUCUUCUUCUUUGGCUUUUGUUUUUAA